AUGAUUGAAGAUGAAAUUGAAAAAUCAGCCAAAGAGCUAAAUCUUGUAGAAAAUGAUAGAAAUUGGUGGAGAGAACGAUUUCACGUAGUUUUAGAAAAACAUGGAAUAAGUGAUCCAGAUGAACUUGAACAAACUAAAGAAAAAUUGAAAAAAUCCGAAGGAGAAAAGGACACAUUAAUGAAAGAAAAGGACGUGUUAAUGAGAGAAAAGGAUGCAUUAAUUAAAGAAAAAGAUGCAUUAAAAGUAGAGAGAGACGCAAUAAAAGCAGAGAAUUCAAGAUUAAGAAUUGAUGUAGCCAACUUUAAAAAACAAAUUACUGAUUCAAAGAAACAAAUCGAUGAUUUAAAUAAAGAAAUACUUCAAUCUAAGAAAACAGAUCAAACUACUACCAAGAAUUUUCAGACCCUUAAGGGACAAGUAAGUUUAUAG